GGUGGGAGGCGCUGGGAUUCAGGGUUGGAGGGGGCGCCCGAGUUGUGGGCGUGCGAAUGGUGCGCGCUUCGCCGGCUCCUCCGCGCGCUAGCGCACACUCGCGCGCGCGCACACAGACACACACACACACAGACACACACACACACACGUCUUAUGUAACCAAGUCUGGGCAAAGCAGGGCUGCAGAAAGCAGCCGAAACGGCGACCCCGGUUCCCAGGAGCAGGUGGGACCUCCUUUGGCGGGAGGGCAGUGUGGCUGCGCUAAGCUCUGCAGGCGGAAACCUCCCCAUCGCCUGAGUCUCUGCCCCCGCGCGGGGCCCGGGCCGUGUGGCCGGAGGGAGCGGCCGGAUGGAGCGGAGGAUGAAAGGCGGAUACUUGGACCAGCAAGUGCCCUACACCUUCUGCAGCAAAUCGCCCGGAAAUGGGAGCUUGCGCGAAGCUCUGACGGUCCCACAGGGGAAGCUCAUGGACCCGGGCUCCCUGCCGCCCCCCGACUCCGAAGAUCUCUUCCAGGAUCUAAGUCACUUCCAGGAGACGUGGCUCGCUGAAGCUCAGGUACCGGACAGUGAUGAGCAGUUUGUUCCUGAUUUCCAUUCGGAAAACUUAGCUUUCCACAGCCCCACCACCAGGAUCAAGAAGGAGCCCCAAAGUCCUCGCACAGACCCGGCCCUGUCCUGCAGCAGGAAGCCCCCCCUCCCCUAUCACCAUGGCGAGCAGUGCCUUUAUUCCAGUGCCUAUGACCCCCCUAGACAAAUCGCCAUCAAGUCCCCUGCCCCUGCUGCCCCCGGACAGUCGUCCCUGCAGCCCUUUCCCCGGGCAGAACAACGGAAUUUCCUGAGAUCCUCUGGCGCCUCCCAGCCCCACCCUGGCCACGGGUACCUCGGGGAGCACAGCUCCAUCUUCCAGCAGCCCCUGGAUGUCUGCCACUCUUUCACACCCUCUCAGGGAGCAGGCCGGGAACCCCUCCCUGCCCCCUACCAACACCAGCUGUCGGAGCCCUGCCCACCCUACCCUCAGCAGAGCUUCAAGCAGGAAUACCUUGACCCCCUGUAUGAACAGGCCGGCCAGCCGGCAGUGGGCCAGGGUGGAGUCAGUGGGCACAGGUACCCAGGGGCGGGGGUGGUGAUCAAACAGGAGCAGACGGACUUCUCCUACGACUCAGAUGUCCCUGGGUAUGCCUCAAUGUACCUUCACACAGAGGGUUUCUCCGGGCCCUCUCCAGGUGACAGAACCGUGGGCUAUGGCUAUGAGAAACCUCUGCGACCAUUCCCAGAUGAUGUCUGCGUCGUCCCUGAGAAGUUUGAAGGAGACAUCAAGCAGGAAGGGAUGGGAGCCUUCCGAGAGGGACCACCCUACCAGCGCCGGGGUGCCUUGCAGCUGUGGCAGUUUCUGGUGGCCCUGCUCGAUGACCCGACGAAUGCCCACUUCAUUGCCUGGACCGGCCGGGGGAUGGAGUUCAAACUAAUUGAGCCUGAGGAGGUCGCCAGGCUCUGGGGUAUCCAGAAGAACCGGCCAGCUAUGAAUUACGACAAAUUGAGCCGCUCACUCCGAUACUACUACGAGAAAGGCAUCAUGCAGAAGGUGGCUGGUGAGCGUUACGUGUACAAGUUUGUGUGUGAGCCCGAGGCCCUCUUCUCUCUGGCCUUCCCGGACAAUCAGCGUCCAGCUCUCAAGGCUGAGUUUGACCGCCCGGUCAGUGAGGAGGACACAGUCCCUUUGUCCCACUUGGACGAGAGCCCCGCCUACCUCCCAGAGCUGGCUGGCCCUGCCCAGCCCUUUGGCCCCAAGGGUGGCUACUCUUACUAGCCCUUCGCAGCUGCUCCCCUGCCACCGGGGCUGCUGCCUGUGUACAUAGUUAAGUUUGGUGUCGGAGAAACCCCCACUCUGAAAUCCACAGAUGUCUUUGGAGUAGAUCUCCUCUGCCCAUCAGUCACUCUGGCCCAGACUCUGAGCUGCUCUCCAGAACUGAUGGGAAGGGAAAGGGGAGACUUUAAGCGUAAAGGUAGCGUCUGGGAAAUUCCGUUGGGGGCCUCACCUCUGGCCUCUUUCUAGGUCCUGCUUAGAGGCCAAGCCCUACUCCCUCUCCCCCACUACAGAGAACAUGUUCAUUCUCUUCUGGGGGACAGAGAAAGAGCUUCCCCACUUCAUCCCGGUGGAGAGAGGGGGACAUUGAGCUCCCCUUAUCUCUCACGGUAGGGAGACAGCCACCUGGAUCCUGUGCUUCCCUCCAAGCUGUGGCCCUAGAGGGUCCUUCUUGGCAGUUCUUGGUGCUCUGUGUUCCCAGAGGCAGGGGGAGGCUGGUGUAAGGAACCUGGAGUAGGGGAGGGCUUGCCAGGUAGAGGUGUGGCGGGGCUAGUCUGCUCCAGGGGCCUCUGCCUCUCCUCUGCCUUUUCCUAGGCUCAGGCCUGGGAUUUCACCUCCACUACAUCUGCCAUACCCUAAUAAAGGCCCCUGCUUCUCCUGUGA